GCCGUGAACCCCUUUGAUGGGCUCCCCUUCUCCUCCCGCUACUAUGAGCUGCUUAAGAGGCGCCGCGCCUUGCCUGUGUGGGGGGCCCGCUUUUCCUUCCUGGAGCAGCUGGAGAGCUGUCCCCAUGGGGUGCUGCUGGUGUCCGGGGGGCCAGGAGCUGGCAAGAGCACACAGAUCCCUCAGUGGUGUGCCGAGUUCACGCUGGCCAGGGGGCUCCAGGAGGGCCGGGUCACGGUCAGCCAGCCCUCCCCGCUGGCGGCCCUGAGCCUGGCUCUGCGGGUGGCUGACGAGAUGGACUUGACCCUGGGUCACGAGGUCGGCUACAGCAUCCCCCAGGAGGACUGCACCGGACCGGACACGCUGCUCAGGUUCUGCUGGGACAAUCUGCUCCUGCGAGAGGUGGCCUCCACCCGGGACACGGGAGCCUGGGGUGUGCUGGUGGUGGACGAGGCCCAGGAGCGGACGGUGGCCUCGGACGCACUCCAGGGCCUGCUGCGAGGGGCCAAGCUAGGGGAUCUCCCAGGGGACACCAGAGUGGUGGUGGUCACCGACCCCGCCCUGGAACCCAAGCUCCGAGCCUUCUGGGGCAAUCCCCCCGUGGUGCACGUGCCUGGACCACAUCACUGGGGCCCGGCUGUGGUCUACCGGGAGACGGUCCCUGCCGACCGCGUGGCAGCCGCCUGCCAGGCUGUGCUCAAGCUGUGCCGGGAACAGAGCCCGGGGGACGUGCUCGUGUACCUGCCCAGCGAGGAGGAAAUUUUCCUGUGCUGUGACUCCUUGUCCAGGGAGCUGGCAUCUCUGGACACCCUCGUGCUUCCCCCUCGGUUGCUGCCCCUUCACCCCAGCCACGGUGGAGCAGUCCAGGCUGUGUACGAGGAUGCAGCCCCGGGGGCCCGCCGGAUCGUGGUGACCCACUGGCUGGCUGACUUCUCCUUCUCCCUCCCUUCCAUCCGGCAUGUCAUUGACGCGGGACUGGAGCUCCGGAGUGUUUACAACCCCCAGAUCCGAGCUGAAUCCCAAGUGUUGAGGCCCAUCAGCAAGUGCCAGGCAGAGGCGAGACGUCUGCGGGCGGCAGGAUGCCCCCCAGGGUCCUGCGUUCGCCUGUACCCUGAGUCCUUCCUGGACUCAGACGCGCCCCCCACACCGCGACCCCGGGUGUGUGAGGAGAACCUCAGCCAGCUGGUGCUGCUUCUCAAGAGAAGGCAGAUCGCAGAGCCGGGCGAGUGGCACUUCCUGGACCAGCCAGCGCCGGAUGCACUGAUGCAGGCCCUGGAGGACCUGGAUUACCUGGCUGCCCUAGAUGAUGAUGGGGACCUGUCAGACCUGGGCAUCAUCCUGUCCGAGUUCCCCCUGGCCCCCGAGCUGGCCAAGGCCCUGCUGGCCUCCUGCGAGUUUGGCUGUGUGGAUGAAAUGCUGACCGUGGCCGCUAUGCUCAGCGCUGCUGCGGGCUUUACACGUCCCCCGCUCUGUGCAGAGGAGGCCUCGCUGCGCCGCGCGCUGGAGCACGCUGACGGCGACCACAGCUCCCUGAUCCAAGUGUAUGAGGCCUUCAUACAGAGUGGGCAGGACGAGGCGUGGUGCCAGGCGCGUGGCCUCAGCUGGGCAGCGCUGUGCCAAGCCCAUAAGCUGCGGGCCGAGCUCCUGGAACUCAUGCAGCGGAUUGAACUGCCCUUGUCCCGGCCAGCCUUUGGCUCCGAGCAGAACCGCAGGGACCUGCAGAAAGCACUGCUGUCUGGGUACUUCCUCCAGGUGGCCCAAGACACGGAUGGCACUGGGAAUUACCUGCUCCUGACCCACAAGCACGUGGCCCAGCUGUCCCCAUCCUGCUGCUACAGAAGCCGCAGGGCCCCGGCCAGGCCCCCCGCCUGGGUGCUGUACCACAGCUUCUCCAUCUCCACAGACAACUGCCUGUCCAUUGUUUCCGAGAUCCAGCCGAGGAUGCUGGUGGAGUUGGCACCCCCAUACUUCCUGAGCAACUUACCCCCCAGUGAGAGCAGAGACCUCCUGAACCAGCUGAGGGAGGAAAUGGCAGAGCCGUCACCACAGACAGAGCCCCCCGCCCCGCAGAAAAUCGGGGAUCCCUGCGUCCUGCAGUGA